UCGUCGUGCUCAACUGGAAUACGCUGCCAUGAAAGUAACGAUGUGUAGUACUCAUAUACUCGAAGCUCAUGGUGAGUACGACCGACGAGUACUCUAAAGUCCCGAGUACUCAUGAGUACUCGCGGCAUUUUCUAGUAUGAGUACUUUUUGAGUACUCUCUAGGUGAGUACUUUCACUAGGGACCCUUCUAUGAUAGAGAAACGAUAAGUGUCGAUUAUCAUAAGAAUGGUCGACUAAAUGAAUGAGAAAAAAAAUGUCACUUAUUCGUUCAGUCAGGUCAUUCAUUGUUGAUUUAGACUAUAUAGAAAUAGAUAACUUCUUUUUCUUACUGACGGCAACGGGUAAUAUAGAGCAAAAAAGAAUAUAAACAAUCAUUAAGAAAGAUUUGACAAAUGUUGAUGGACAUGAAACAUCUAUGCAUUCAACUGACAGAUAUAUCUGAUGAAAUACUUCUGUUAAUCUUAAAUAAAUUGUCCAAUAUUGAAGUACUUUAUUCUCUAAUAGGCGUUAAUAUACGACUUGAUAAAAUCGCGAGCAAUCCUAUCUUUACUGAUCAUUUAACAUUACUAAAACGUUCUUUGAAUGGUAUUAUCAAAUUACUGGAUGAUCCAAUAUUUGAUCGCCUUUAUUCAGAAAUAUUGCCUACAAUUCAUCAUAAAGUCAAGUGGCUCGACGUUGAACCAUUAUCUAUGGAAUGUGUUCUUCUUGCUGUUGAUUAUCCAAAUUUACAUGGACUCUCUCUUUUCAAUAUUGAACGUGAACUAGCUGUACGUUUGCUUGGUGGUGAGCAUAGUUUCAUUUCGAUUGAUUUAAUUGUCAAACUAUGGAACAUAUAUGAAAAUGGAUCACAUAGUAUUCUUAAUAGAUUUGAAUAG